GCACCUGGAGAGCCAGCUCAGUUAGCUCUCCUUUCUCCAGCCUAUCCCUCCUUACCUGGGAUUCUAUUAUCUCUCUCCUCUCAGGUUUCUCUUCCCUGUGAGGCUGGGAACCCCAAGACGGCGUGGCCCCGACUUGCAUGUCCUAGUGGCUAAAUGCAUUUGUUAACAAUUAAAGGAGCAAGGAAAAGAAUUCAGCAGCAGCAGCCGAAGAAAGACCCCCCCCACCCCCCCAUACAGAGAAGUCCCACCCACCCCAGCUCAGGCAGGUGGAAAUCAUUGCAUCCGAGGACUUCCUGCUAAAAGGGACCUGGGGGUGCUCUCGGGCCAGUGCCUUCAUUUUAGACAUGGGAACCCAAGGGAGACUCAGGAUUUGAAUUCAGGUCCUCCAACUCCAUGCUGAACGCUCCUAGGGGCUUUGUCCUACGGAACGUGCCGCCUGGGUGAGGGACUCGAUACUGAGCGCGUACAGGAAUCCGAGAGGGGACCCGGGGCUCAGUGCGGCGGAGGGCGGGAGCAGGGAGUGUCUGUUCUCCGUCCUGGUGAAGCUCAGGGACUGACCCCCAGGGCCCAGAAGCCAGCUGUCACCCCGACUCCCCGGGCCCUUCUCUCAGCUCCCCUGCCGCAGCCUGACCAAUGACCACGAGGGAGCAGCCCCUCUUCAGCACCCGGGCCCAUGUCUUCCAAAUCGACCCAGCCACCAAACGGAAUUGGAUCCCCGCGGGCAAGCACGCCCUCACGGUCUCCUACUUCUAUGAUGCCACCCGGAACGUGUACCGGAUCAUCAGCGUGGGGGGGACCAAGGCCAUCAUCAACAGCACAGUCACCCCCAACAUGACCUUUACCAAGACUUCCCAAAAGUUCGGGCAGUGGGCGGACAGUCGGGCCAACACCGUCUACGGGCUGGGCUUUGCUUCCGAGCAGCAUCUGUCCCAGUUUGCAGAGAAAUUCCAGGAGGUGAAGGAGGCCGCCCGGCUGGCCCGGGAGAAGUCUCAGGAUGGCGGAGAGCUCACCACCCCGGCCCUUGGCCUCUCCUCCCACCAGGUACCCCCAAGCCCCUUGAUUGGCACCAAUGGCCCCGGGGAUGAGAAGCUGUUCCGAAGCCAGAGUGCCGACGGGCCUGGCCCCACGGAAAGGGAAAGACUCAAAAAGAUGCUGUCGGAGGGCUCGGUGGGCGAGGUGCAGUGGGAAGCCGAGUUCUUCACCCUUCAGGACAAUAACAACAAGCUGGUGGCUGCCCUGCGAGAGGCCAAUGCCAGCGUGGAGCGGUGGAAGGAGCAGCUGGAGGCCUACCAGGAGGAGACGGAGCGGCUUCGGCUGCGGGUGGCCGAGCUCGAGGCUCAGGGGCCCUCGGAGACGCCCAGUGACGGCGGGAAGGAGGGGCUGAGCCAGAGGCUGGAGGAGCUGGAGAUGCUCAUUAAGACCAAGGAUGAGGAGAUCCAGAUGUUGAAGAGCCAGAAGGGUGGCCUUCGAGAGGCGGAGAGCGAGCGGGAACGGGAAGAGGCCCUCCAGAAACUUCAGGAGCUGGAGAGCAGGUACACGGAGAUGGAGCGGCAGCUUCAGGGCACCCAGCGCAGCCUGGAGGAGGCCCGAGGGGAGCGGGAGCGGGCCCGCGCCGAGGUGCUCAGGGCCACCGAGCUCCUGGACCUCAAGAUCUGUGAGCUGAGCGAGCUGCGCCAGGGCCUGGCCCGGCUGGCCGAUGGCGCCCCCUGACCGGCUGGGGCCAAGGGGGGCCGGAUGCUCUCCUGAGCCUCCAAACCUGGCACCGAGGGGUCUGUGGUGGGUGACGGGGCAUGGCUUUUGUAGGGGGCGGGGAACGUUGGCAGUUUUUCCAGUAGUUUUCUAUUUAAAGCAAUCCUUUCCCCGGCCCCCUCCAGCGCCUGGUGGGAGCCUGGAUUCGGGGAGCUCCAGCCCUGGCUGGCCAGGCCUGACUGCCUUCGGGGAUCUGAGUCACAGGAGGAGGGAGCCCAGGAGACUUCCAGACCGGAAGCUGGGUCGGCGCUGACUCAGCCCUUCAGGCUGGGGCUGGUCUAGAUGGGGGGGGGUGGGGGAGGCCCCUCCCAGGAAGGGAAGAGGGGCAGGAACCUGCUCUCCCAGCAUCUUCCUCCAGCCCUGAAAGCCCUGGAGAGGGGCAUUCAUUCCCCUAAAGCUGGCAUGAAGGGAAUGCCCUGGGCUGGGGGGGGGGGGGGGGAGACGCUGGUUCCAGCUCUGCUGCCCAUUAGCAAGAGUGUGAAGAGGGGCUCGCGGGCUGCUGGAGGGGCGGCUGAGAGGAAGGGGGGAGGGGUGUGGGACAGCUGUGUUGGGGGAGGGGUUCCUUUGUGACAUUGGGGAUUUGUAGGUUUUUUAGUAUCUGGGCAGUGGCUGUCCAGGAAAAUUAAAUUUCUAAUCUUA